CGCCAGCAAAUUUGUUCGAUUGUGUAGGUGCACCUCGGCAUGCAAGCGGAGGCGGUGACGACUAUACGAACGCCCAUGUCGAACGAGAGUGUGUCUGCCGAGCACGAAACCAUCGAGAUACGUGAGAAGCGCAAGCCUCUCUUCUGCACCAAGUUUGGACAGACGCGAUUUCUGUGUCAGCGAAGUGCAACUGCGUUCUACUUUCCCAAUGUGCUUCACGUCGGUCCAAACAUGGGAUGCAUGUUGAUCACCUACUCCAUCGUCGUUGCCCCCACUCUGAUCUUCAUUUUCGCGACUGGUUUGGCGUCGUGGGUGUCGGUCCUCCUCGUCGUCUCCAUCGCCCUCACAUUUCUGUCGUUCUCGAUUGUGGCUUGCAGCGACCCAGGGGUGGUCCGUGAGCACUACGUGAAUGCGUCCGGCGAACCUGCUGGUAUUCUUUGUGGUACGAGAAACUCUAUGGAUGUUCGUCGUGCCAUCGGUGGUGUGUUGUAGCACAUUGUCAGAUUCGCCGACCGCACAACGCGAUCCACUGCUACGAGUGUGAAGUUUGCAUCGACGGGAUGGACCACCAUUGUCCAUGGACCGGUAAAUGCAUCGGCAAGAAGACGCUGUACUGGUUCUACCUAUUUCUUUGGAUGAUCUGCAUCCACAUCACGUUUGGCAUUGGCACGGUCGUGUAUUAUUGCAUUGGAGGUCGCUCGCCGUAAUAUGAAUAGUUUUUAUCGAGAUUUGGCCGACCAUACCUCAACCGCCUCUCGGAAUG